UCCUGAUGCUGAUACAGAAUGGUGAGCACGUUUUACACCCAAUAAACAAAAAUUUAAAAGACUAGAGCUUCACUGAGGUUUCAGUAAGAAAUAAGCAGCACAGGGAAAACUAAAAGCCAGACUGUGCCUGGACACUUCUGACUUUAUGUGUGUUUUGGUGUCCCUUUCAGCGUUUUUGCAGGACGUUGAAAGUUUUGUGGGAGACGUCGUCAUCUUGCCAUGUUCGAACAGUGAUAAGGCACUGCUGCGCAAACUGAGAGCGUUCUGGAGAUUCAGAGACAGCAGCACCGUGUACGACGUCAUUGAGAGCAGAGCGUCGCUGGAUGACCAGGACGCGUUGUUCAGAGGCCGAGUUGACAGCUUUCCAGACGAGUGGGCAAAAGGAAACUUCUCUAUCAAACUCAGCAGUGUGAAGAAGACGGACGGAGGAACGUACACCUGCUUCCUUCCUGCUAUCAACACUCAAGCAUCAGUAUAUCUCACUGUAAAGGACACACCGAGAGUUCCUCCAGUUACGUCUGAGCCGAAGAACACGAACGUCCAUACAAGACCAGGCAACCUUCUGCUUUUCCUCGCACUUCUGUUUGCAUUUCAUUUCUGCAUGUCUGAUGAGUGA